AAAGUACAAACUAGACAAAUAUUUUUUUCGCUUUACUAAUUCUGCACUUCAUUACCGUUUAUGCAAAGAAACCAACGAUAGCCAUAAGAUUUUGGUUAACAAUGUAAGCUACGUGUUGACCGAUUUUACGUUAUACGUUGCGUUUAAGCAUUGUGUUGUCCGCCUUAUUUUGAAGCAUUAUAUAAAAUGCGAAAUGCAAUCAUUGUGUUUGCGCUUACAGCAAAAAGUGGUUCGUCAGAGAUUUUUUGGCUACUGUUUAUAUUUCACUCAAACGUCAGCUUUAAAGAUAUUGAUUAAGGAAAAUUUAAGUUUAUUACGUUUUUCUUGCCGAUUCCAUAGGCCAUACUUACCCUAUACCAGAAGAAGUUAACUGAUUUGAAAUUUUGCAAUGAACCCAAAUAUGAGUAUGCAUUCCAUGCCACAAAUGGGUGGUGUUAGUAACAUUGCCGGUUCGGGUGUUGGUCCCUCAAAUUCAAUGAUGCAAUCAGGAGUGUCGCCGCUUAUGCAAUCUUCGCCGCAACAAUCUGGCCAGCAAAUGACCGGACAGAUGUCUCAGAAUCCAGCAGUUCAGCAGCAAAGUGAAAAAAUUGACAAUAUAUCGAAAGUGAAAAGCCUUUUUGCUCCAAUGAAAGAGUCAUUACUGAACACGUUCAGAGGAGCGGCAUAUACUUUGCAGCAGAAUAAUUCGGCGGAUAGUCUAAAGCGGGAUCCACUGAUUAACGCAACGCGUUUUGAUAAGCACUUAGAAGAAUUCUAUGCGUAUUGUGAUCAAAUCGAAUUGCACCUAAAAACCGCUAUGCAGUGUAUGCAGCAAUUAUCUUCAGCCCAAUACUAUUUGCCGGGAGCUGUAACGGCAUUACGUACGGAAUCGUAUAUGCAAGAUAAUCCAGCAGGUCCUAUGCCUUAUCCUACUUAUUUAAAUACAGUGCGUGUACAUAUACAGUCGGCCAAGGAUAUUCGUGAUACUUUAAUUAGUGCAUCGCAAAAUAUUUCCCAAGCUGAUUGAUAAUGAAUGAAAUUUUGAA